AUGCCAGCACUAGACUCUGACCCCGUCAAUGGGCUAGAUAAUUAUGACGUCGCAGACCUAUCAGACGAUCCUUUUGCAUCUCCUCCACCAGAAGCAGCCAACAAGAAACGCAAAGAGCCAGAUUCCGGCCUUGGAAUUGAUGAAGAGGUUGAUGUCAAGAAGCGCCCUCGAGCUCCGAAUGUCAAGCUCGACGAAGAGAGGCUCCUUGGUCCUAAAGGCAUACCCAAGCUAAAACAAAGGGCACGAGAUUUAAAAAUCAAGGGCAAAGGCCAUGAGUUUUCAGAUGCUUCCCGACUCCUCUCCUUCUAUCAACUCUGGCUUGACGACCUCUUCCCAAAAGCGAAAUUUCUCGAUGCUCUGAACAUGGUCGAAAAAGCAGGUCACAAAAAGCAAGUCAUGGUCGCACGAAACGAGUAUAUCAAUGAAGGCAAACCAAAGAACACUACGGCCGACAGUGAAGGAGAUGACCCCUUUGGUGGUGGCGACAGUGUAUCAAGGCUUAUGGAUCAAACGACUACACGGUCACUGGAAGGUGAAAGGCCAAAAACUCCAGAGCAAGGCCGAGAUGUGCCAGACGAUGAUGAUCUCUAUGGCGCCACACCACGACCAUCUCGGCCAAUUGUACCUAUUCGCAACGAUGUCCCUGAGGACGACGAUCUUGAGGCUCUAAUCGCAGAGGCAGAGGGUCAACAUGAAUCCCAUAAAGAGAGACUUGCACAAGCAGAACCGGAUGAGGAUGAUCUUGACGCAUCAAUGGCCGAGGCAGAAGGGCAGGAUCGAACGAAAGUCUCAGAACCAGAUCGUCUAGCUACGGACGACGAGGACCUGGAUGCCCUUAUGGCAGAGGCUGAGACUCAAGAUCAGACAGCAAAACUAGAUCGACACGAAAUGAGAAAGGAGGGUAAGAGCGCGAACGGCUACGAAGAUGAGGAAGCAGCGAUGCAAGAGAUGGAAGGGCUAUGGUAA